AAAAUGAGAGAAAUUAAUUAAUUGAAAAUAUAAUAAUAUAAACCGAACAAGUGUCUGCUGCUAAUUUCAGGGCAAUUAGAAAACAGGAAGAUUCUCAGGUGUUGAUAUAUGUAUAAUUAUUCAUUAAAGACCUAACCUAAUCCAAGAGCUUAGUAUUUUUGUAUUUGAGAACAAAUUGUUAAUUCAUAGUUACCAUGAGUUAUGAGGAAUAUGUUGGACAGUUGGAACAAGUGAACUCAGCUCUUGAAUCCUGUUCAAACGAACACAGGGAAGAACUAUUAUCUUUAAAGAAUUCCCUCGAAGAAUUGUUGUCCCUAACCCGUGACAAUGAUUCUGAAUUAACAGAAUCGCUGGGAAAAAAAAAUGACACUUUUGACGACCAGUAUGCCCAGUUCAUGGCAGAGAUCAAUGAUAGCUCCGCAACUGGAUCGGAUAUACCAAAAAAUGAAGAAGCAUCAGGUAUAUCUGAGCUCAAAGAAAUGGAAGGGAAGAUGUGUAGGGCUCCACAUACGAAUAAGUGGGGUAGCAAAGGAUAUCACAAUGCCAUGAUCUGUUCAAUAAUUCCCUCAAAUGGUGAUGAGAAGGAUGCUCAAGUUAAAGUACUCUUCGUUAAUCCUACUCAUGAAGAAAUGUUACCAUGUCCGUAUUACUUUGAAACAGACUGUAAAUUCUCAGAUGAAAAGUGCAAAUUUUCACACGGUGAAAUUGUAGCAGCCUCAGAAUUACAAGAUUUUAUUGAGCCUGAUUUUGCUUCCUUACAAAUCGGGAGUCCGGUUUUAGCUCAGCAAACAAAUAAACUGUGGGGACGGGCUAAAAUAACCAAAAUUCUGGACAGCACCUGUAUGGUAAAAUUUGACACGGUGAAAAAAGAAAUGGAGUUACCGUUCAAGGAAAUACUACCUAUGGCAAGUGACGAUUCUGGCAGCAUUCAAGACAGUGAUGAAGAAUCAAGCGAUGGACCAGUAGAAGUAGAUCAAGAUGUUGUGAAUAUUAGUUUGAUGAAUACUCCUUCUGAUGGUCCUUUGGGAGAUUGGGAGAAAUUCACAAAAGGCAUUGGUUCUAAACUUAUGCAAAAAAUGGGUUAUGUGGUUGGUACAGGACUCGGUAAAAGAUCCGAUGGAAGGAUAGAUCCAGUAACUGCAGUUAUAUUACCUCCCGGAAAGUCUUUAGAUCACUGUAUGAGCCUCAGAGAAAGCCACGGAGGUGACAAAAAUCUUUUUAGUGUCGAGAAAAAAAUGAAGAAACUGCAGAAGAAACAGGAAUUGAAGAACCAAAGAGCCUACCUUAAGGAGCAGAAUAAGGUGGACGUUUUCAAAUUUUUGAAUAAAACGCUCACAGGUGGCCCCAGCAGUUCCUCGGCCCCCUACAACAAAUCGCAACACAGACAAGAUAUUAGAAAAGAAACGUGUAAAAAUUUGAACGUUGAAGGUUUUAAAACCGAGGAGAACAUAAAAAGGACUGAGAAAGAUAUAAGUAUGAUCAAAGAAUCUCUAACAAGGCAUAAAGAUGCAAAUUCUCUGAUGCAUAAAAAUCUCCAACACAAACUUAAUUCCAGCCUGAAUCAUUUAUCAGAUUUGAGGAACCAAGCGCAGAACAUCAAGAACGAACAAGAUAAUAGAAGGGAUAAAAAGAAAUUAACAGUGUUUUAGAACUUUUAUUAUUGUGAAAAUGUCACAAAAAAGUCGAAGAUUACCCCAUUUGUUUAAAUAUUGUAUUAAUGAAAAAAUAAAUUAAUUAAUUUCC